GGAAACAGAGAUAGGGGAAUCGAUGAGAUUUGAGCUGGAUUCUGGGAAAACCAAAUGCAUUGCAGAGGACAUAAAGGCAAAUGCAAUGACGGUUGGGAAAUACAGCAUUGUGAAUCCAAGUGAAGGUCAACCUUUUCCUGAUUCUCAUAAACUGGUAGUCAGGGUAUGUUGUAAACAAUUUUGAUGAUUUUUGUGUUAAAUGUUUCUGUGUUUGCGAAAUUAAAUAAAUGAUGAAAUAGGGUGAGUUCACCAAAGGGGAACAAUUAUCACCUAGGAGAUCAAGUGGAUUCAGGUACAUUUGCAUUUACAGCAGCAGAGAGUGGGGAUUACACCACUUGUUUUUGGGCAAAUAAACACAAGCCUCCUGUCAAGAUGACCAUUGAGUUCGAUUGGAAAAGUGGUGUUGCUGCUAAGGAUUGGUCCAAGACAAAGGAAAUUGAGUUGAAGAAACUGUAUGACACAGUAUCAGCCAUUCAUGAAGAGAUGUUCUAUCUUCGUGAGAGGGACGAAGAAAUGCAGGAGCUAAACAAAGAAACAAAUUCAAAAAUGGCUACUCUAAGUUUCUUUUCGCUGCUUCUUUGCUUGUCUGUGGCUGGCUUGCAGAUAUGGCAUCUAAAGUCAUUUUUUGAGAGCAAGAAGCUCCUCUAGUUUUCCUUCUAUUCCCUUACUAAGAGCCAUGGUGAGGUGCGAUCCCCAGAAAUUAAAUGAAAAUAGACUUAUUUAUCAAUUUAAAGUGGAAAUUUUGUAGUUUUUGUUCUAUUCCCUAAAGCUCAGUUUUGGAUUAGAAGGGAGCAACUCUACCUUCAUUUUUCUUUUAUUUAUAAACUUUAAUUUAGUAUACUUAUACACGUAAAACUCUAAUUAUGGUCUAAAUGUAUACUUAAAACUUUAAUUUUAAUUUAAUCACACACACAAAAAUAAAUACAUCAAUUUAUUUUUAUAUUAGAUAAAUAUAAUUAUUUAUGUAUACAUCAUAUAAACAUUUUAUAUCAAUAAUUGUAUUAAUAAUUUACAUAAAGUGAAUCAAAUCAAAAUUUUAUAUAUAAAAUUAUACAAAAUCAAAAUUCAUCUAUUACAUUUGUACAUUAAACCAUAGUUCAUGUAUAGUUUUAAGAUUUAUCCCUUUCAAACAAGGGAUUGGCCAUUUUUCGGUUGCACCUUCAUUGUUCUUUCCAGAAAUUAAAUGUAAUAAGACUAUUUAAUUAAGAUGAAAUUUUUUGUUGUUUGCAUAAACCCAUUAACAAAUUAUGCUACUUUUUCUUUGUAAGCUGAUGUGCAAGAGUGGACAAAACUAUCAUAAAAGUCAUCAAAUAGAAUUGAAACGAUGAAUAAUACAGUGUCUUUGGGUUUAUGAAGCACACAUUUCAAAUUGGCACUCAAAAUGGGAAACAAAAAAAAAAAAAACUUCUCCAAAAAAAACCCAAAAACCAAGAGUUGAAGAUAAAAACAAA